AUGACGAAGUUCAGCUAUUCCGAAUACCUGUCUCAGUUCCGCAACGGCGCCUUGUCCAAGUCGCCGGCCGAUAGAGGACGACGUGCCGCCGGGCGGAGCGACCUAACGUCAGAUCCUGCGGAGGAUGUUGAUCCGGUAGUCUUUGCCGUCAGGAGCGGAGAUGUGGAGGCUGUGAAUGAGCUGGCAGAGUCCAGUCCACACAGCCUAAUGAAGGAAAACAAAGAUGGGUGGAUACCUUUGCAUGAGGCUGCCUAUUGUGGAGACGCUGGGUGCAUGAAGACACUGCUGAAGGCCCAUCCAAGUUUAGUGGACAAACGCACCCUGCAGGAGCAGACAGCCUUACUUCUCGCUGUGUCCUGUGGACACCUGUCCUGUGUCCGAUGUCUUCUGGAGGCAGGCGCAGACCCCGACAUAAGCAACAAAAAUAAAGAAACCCCUUUAUACAAAGCUUGUGAGCAGGAGAAGAUGGACAUGGUGAGAGUCAUUCUCUCCUUUGGUGCCACUGUGAAUCAGCGGUGCUGCCAGGGUUGGACGGCCCUCCACGUGGCAGUAUCCAGGAACAACACAGAAAUCUGUGACGUACUUCUGCGAGCCGGGGCUGUCGUAAAUCCACCCAGUACCUGCAGCAUCACACCACUCACCGUAGCAGCUCAGCGAGGAUGGCUGAAGGUGCUGCGUUACCUUAUUGAGAAAGGCGCUGAUGUGAACAUGCAGACAUGUGAUGGUGUCACAGCACUGUAUGAGGCUUGUAAAUGUGGCCACAAGGAGAUAGUAUCCACGCUGCUCGCUAAAAACGCAGAUGCCAACAAGCCCAACAGCUCUGGAUUGCUUCCACUGCAUAUUGCUUCCCAGUGUGGACACCACGAAAUUGUAUCCCUUCUUGUCCCGGUGACAAGUCGAGCCAGGCUUCGCCACAGUUGGAUAAGCCCCCUCCACCUGGCAGCAGAGCACAACAGACACGCUGUGGCAGCUGUGCUGCUCAAGACAGGUGCAGACGUCAAUGCCACACUGGCCCACAGUCACUCCAUCCAGUAUGCUGAUCGACGUACCACAGCCCUUUACUGUGCAAUUGCCAAUGACAGCACCAAGACAGCAAAACUGCUACUGGACGCCGGUGCUAGUCUGACACUGGACCCAGUCAACCCUUUAUUUAUGGCUCUAAGGCGGGGCUGUCUCAGCACUGUCUCCCUACUGCUAGAGAAUGGGGUAGAUGUCAACAGCAUCAUCCCAGUUUAUCCCACCAGCUUCCCUGGUGCUGUUGCCCUUUGCACAAAUAAUCUACCUCUACUUAAGUGUCUUCUGGAUAAUGGGUGCAAUGCCCUGGCCUGCUUUACCUGUAUGUAUGGCACUGCCCCGCACCCUGCCUCCGGACCAUCCCAUUUAAGUAGCAGUAGUGGCAAUGGAUAUACAGUUCUGGAUAACGAUGGCAUACCCCCUUUAACCUGCACAGAGCCAUUGGCAAAAGUGACACAGUUCUGUGAGUGGCUUUCAACCUCGGUGGUAUGUAACUGGGCAGGACCGAUUGUAGACCUGCUGCUGGACUAUGUUGGGCAUGUUCCGCUGUGCGCCAGGCUCAAUGAACUGCUGGGCAGCCGAGAAGACUGGCUUGCCAUCAAGAGAAAGUCAUCGUCCCCUCGUCCACUGCUGCACUUGUGCAGAUUGAGGAUCCGUGCCCAGAUGGGGAGGCGCAGGUUGGGUUCCCUCAGGAGUCUACCUCUGCCAGACAGACUGAUAAUUUACCUGAGUCACACCACCUGAUCACAAG